AUCAAGGAGACGACCCCAAGUCAAACACUGAGUGCAAACGAGGAUUAUUAAAUAGCCAGAACUUGGAUAGCUUUCUCUAACACCAAGAGAGAAAGAGAAGAGAGAGUGAGAGAGUAAGUAAGGAUGGGUUUUGCAGAGAAGAAUUCUUAUGAUAUUCGUUUUCUUUUGUUCAUAUCCAUAAUUUUGAGCUGUUCUAUUUCAGCUUCUGCAACUAUCGCAGAAGCAAAUGCUCUUCUGAAAUGGAAAUCCACUUUCACGAACCAGAGUCACUCAUCAAAGCUGUCUUCAUGGGUCAAUGAUGCUAACACCAAUACUAGCUUUUCCUGCACCAGUUGGUAUGGUGUUUCCUGCAACUCACGAGGGAGUCUCGAAAAGUUAAACCUCACUGACAACGCUAUAGAAGGUACUUUCCAAGAUUUCCCCUUCUCUUCUCUCCCAAACCUUGCUUACAUUGAUUUUAGCAUGAACCGUUUCUCUGGAACCAUCCCUCCUCAAUUCGGAAACCUCUCUAAACUCAUCUACUUUGACCUCUCCACAAACCACUUAACUAGAGAAAUCCCACCUGAGCUUGGCAAUUUGCAAAACCUCAAAACCCUCUAUCUUUCUAAUAACAAACUUGCCGGUUCAAUUCCUUCUUCCUUAGGGAAACUCAAGAACUUGACGGUUCUUUAUCUUCAUCACAAUUAUCUAACUCGUGUCAUUCCCCCGGAACUAGGCAACAUGGAAUCCAUGACAGAUUUAUCGUUAGAUAACAACAAACUUACCGGUUCAAUUCCUUCUUCCUUAGGAAAUCUCAAGAACUUGACGGUUCUUUAUCUUCACCAGAAUUACCUAACUGGUGACAUUCCCCCAGAACUAGGCAAUAUGGAAUCCAUGACAGAUUUAGCAUUAAGUGAGAACAAACUUACCGGUUCAAUUCCUUCUUCCUUAGGAAAUCUCAAGAACUUGACGGAUGUUUAUCUUUACCAGAAUUAUCUAACUGGUGUCAUUCCCCCAGAACUAGGAAACAUGGAAUCCAUGACAAAAUUAGAGUUACGUAACAACAAACUUGCCGGUUCAAUUCCUUCUUCCUUAGGAAAUCUCAAGAACUUGACGGUUCUUUAUCUUGACCAGAAUUAUCUAACUGGUGACAUUCCCCUAGAACUAGGCAACAUAGAAUCCAUGACAGAUUUAGCUUUAAGUCAAAACAAACUUACCGGAUCAAUUCCUUCUUCCUUAGGAAAUCUCAAGAAUUUGACGGUUCUUUAUCUUCACCAGAAUUAUCUAACUGGUGUCAUUCCCCCGGAACUAGGUAACAUGGAAUCUAUGACAGAUUUAUCGUUAAGUCAGAACAAACUUACCAGUUCAAUUCCUUCUUCCUUAGGAAAUCUCAAGAACUUGAUAGUUCUCUAUCUUUACCAGAAUUAUCUAACUGGUGUCAUUCCCCCGGAACUAGGCAAGAUGGAAUCCAUGAUCAGUUUAGAUUUAAGUAAGAACAAACUUACCGGUUCAAUCCCUUCUUCCAUAGGAAAUCUCAAGAACUUGACGGUUCUUUAUCUUUACCAGAAUAAUCUAACUGGUGACAUUCCCCCAGAACUAGGCAACAUGGAAUCCAUGACAGAUUUAGAAUUAAGUCAGAACAAACUUACUGGAUCAAUUCCUUCUUCCUUAGGAAAUCUCAAGGACUUAACGGUUCUUUAUCUUGACCAGAAUUAUCUAACUGGUGUCAUUCCCCCCGAACUAGGCAACAUGGAAUCCAUGAUCAGUUUAGAUUUAAGUGAAAACAAACUUACUGGUUCAAUUCCUGAUUCCUUUUGUAACUUUACCAAGCUGGGAUCGUUGUUCCUCCGUGAUAACCAGCUCUCUGGUCAGAUUCCAUUGGGAGUUACAAACUCCUCAGAGCUAACUGCUUUUAUAAUCGACAGAAACAACUUCAAUGGUUUCUUGCCUGAAACCCUUUGCAAAGGUGGCAAGCUUCAAAUUAUCACUUUAGAUGAUAAUCACCUCGAAGGUCCUAUCCCAAAAAGCUUGAGAGAUUGUGAGAGCUUGAUCAGAGCAAGAUUCAUAGGGAACAGAUUCAUUGGAGAUAUUUCUGAAGCUUUUGGGGUUUACCCAGAUCUCAAUUUCAUUGAUCUCAGCCGCAAUAAAUUCCACGGUGAGAUUUCAGGCAACUGGGAGAAGAGUCGAAAGCUAGGUGCCUUGAUCAUGUCAAACAAUAGCAUCACGGGUGCUAUCCCACCUGAGAUUUGGAUCAUGAAACAACUGGGCGAGCUAGAUCUAUCUACCAACAACCUCUCUGGUGAAAUUCCAGAAGCAAUUGGAAAUCUCACGAAUUUGUCGAGGCUACGACUUAAUGGGAAUCAGUUAUCUGGAAGAGUUCCUGCAGGAAUAAGUUUCUUAACCAAUCUUGAGUCUCUUGACUUAUCCUCAAACAGAUUCAGCUCCCAGAUCGCACAAACCUUCGACUCCUUUUUAAAGCUUCAUGACAUGAACCUGAGCAGAAACAAUUUCGAUGGACGCAUUCCCCAGCUAACAAAGCUGCCACAGUUAAAUCAUCUUGAUCUCAGCCACAACGAGCUCAACGGGGAAAUCCCAUCACAGCUUAGCUCCUUGCAGAGCCUAGAGAAGCUUGACCUCUCACACAACAAUCUCUCCGGUCUCAUUCCAACAAGUUUCGAGGGCAUGAAAGCGCUGACAUACAUCGAUAUAUCAAACAAUAAACUCAAGGGACGGCUUCCAGACAAUCCAGCGUUUCGAAACGCAACAUCAGAUGCAUUGGAGGGAAACAGAGGCUUAUGCAGUAAUAUUCUUAAACAAAGGUUGAAUUCAUGCCCUAUCACUUCCGGUGGGUUCCAAAAGCCGAAGAAGAAUGGCAACCUUCUUGUGUGGAUAUUAGUGCCAAUCCUAGGAGCACUCGUCAUUCUCUCUAUAUGUGCAGGCGCAUUUACCUACUACCUUCGGAAACGAAAACCACACAAUGGAAGAAACACAGAUUCUGAAACUGGAGAGAAUAUGUCCAUAUUCAGCGUUGAUGGCAAAUUCAAAUACCAAGACAUCAUCGACUCCACAAACGAAUUCGAUCAAAGAUACCUCAUCGGAAUCGGAGGAUACAGCAAAGUCUACAAAGCAAACCUCCCAAACGCGAUCGUAGCCGUGAAAAGGCUACAUGAUACAAUAGACGAAGAGAUAUCAAAGCCAUUGGUGAAGCAAGAGUUCCUAAACGAAGUAAGAGCCUUAACAGAGAUCCGUCACCGCAACGUGGUAAAGCUCUUCGGCUUCUGCUCUCACCGCCGCCACACUUUUCUGAUCUACGAGUACAUGGAAAAAGGAAGUUUAAACAAACUCUUAGCCAACGAAGAAGAAGCUAAGCGACUCACUUGGACCAAGAGAAUCAACAUAGUGAAAGGUUUGGCUCACGCGUUAUCGUAUAUGCACCAUGACCGAUCAACACCGAUCGUCCACCGUGAUAUUAGCAGCGGCAACAUCCUUCUCGAUAAUGAUUACACAGCUAAGAUCUCCGAUUUUGGCACAGCGAAGCUUCUCAAGACGGAUUCGUCAAACUGGUCCGCCGUUGCUGGAACCUACGGCUACGUCGCUCCAGAGUUUGCUUACACGAUGAAGGUGACGGAGAAAUGCGAUGUGUAUAGCUUCGGAGUUCUGAUACUCGAAGUUAUAAAGGGGAAACAUCCGGGAGAUUUGGUUUCGAGUUUGUCUUCGUCUCCGGGAGAAACUCUGUCGCUGAGAAGCAUUUCCGAUGAACGUAUACUAGAACCACGGGGAGUGAAUAGAGAGAAGCUCAUGAAGAUGGUGGAAGUGGCGUUAUCGUGUCUACAAGCAGAUCCGCAAUCUCGGCCAACGAUGUUAUCAAUCUCCACAUCAUUUUCUUAGAAUCAUCUUCAUCAAUUUCUUCGACGAGGUAAAGAAAAAAACAAACUUGUA